UGUGGCUCUCAGAUACUCAGAAAAUCGGCGUAGGCUUGACUGCAUUUGGAUUAUUCUUUAUGCUGAUGGGUGUCAUGAUGUUCUUUGAUGGAGGAUUACUUGCCAUUGGAAAUAUCUUAUUCUUGGCAGGAUUGACACUGGUCAUUGGAACACAAAAGACGAUGUAUUUUUUUGCACGGCCUCAAAAGAUCCGUGGUACUGUCUGUUUCUUCAGCGGGAUCUUUUUAGUCUUUAUCAAAUGGCCCACCAUUGGGGUCAUUGUCGAGUUUUUUGGAUUUAUUAAUUUAUUUGGCGACUUUUUCCCGGUAAUUAUCAGCUUUUUGAGGAAAUUACCUGUGAUUGGAAAUGUACUGAGCGCGCCAGGUAUCUCGAAGAUUGUGGAUCGCAUAAGUGGUCAGAGGCUACCUGUCUAAUGGUUUUUUUUAUUUUUUUAUUUUUUUUUUUUACAGUCUAC